AUGGCACUUGGUAAGCUCAUAUAUUGCAUUGCUUUGGAGUAUAUUUUGGACAUUGACUUCGAGGUAUACAAACCAGAUGCCAUACUGAAGCUUAGUGCGGAAUACCCCAAGUUGGAACGAUUUGUACUGUCUAAACUGAGGCAGUUAGACCGAGACAAUCUUUAUGAUGAUUUUGACAACAAGACUGCUGAUGAGAAAACCAUUUUUACCUUCAGGGAAUUAUCCAGAUCAUUUGCAGUUUCAACCUUAACCCACAACAGGUCAGGAGAUGUAGGGAAUUGGCGUACUUCUAAACAAGAGAUGAAAGAUGGAUUUCUUCUUCAUGUCAAUGGCCGUGGUCAACUGAAAGAGGCUUUAAAGGCUCGUCAAGAUAAGCUCAGCCGGUUUGGUUUCACAGAUCAGCCACUGCCUGUCAUUGUGGAUGCCGGCAACAACAAACAAUGCCUAGUGAUUUUCGACAAAACUGAGUACGAAGUGGAGAGCCCCUUAAAGGCAGUUGAUGUGGCAUUCAAGUCAUAUCAUGCUUUACAUGCAGACUACCCAGUUGAGUCAGAGCACAUGUGGAUGUUCCUGCAAAAAGCUAUCUACAAGUUUGACACUAAAUGGGACAAAAGUGUUAAUACUGUAGAUGUGCUUGUAAAUGAGUUCAAUAAUUCUUUUUAGUCAUGUUUCACUAGCAUUUGCUGUGCUGGGAAGUUAAAUAUUUUUAGUAAUGUUUCAUCAGUAUUUUCUGUUCCUACUUUAGCUUUUUAUGUUAUUUUUAGACCUGUGAGUUUUACAUUUUCACUACUACUGUACUGUUUCUAUUUUAGUCUUGAUUGUGCUGUUAGGAUCUGUUAGUGUAACAUUUUAAGAUUUAGUUAGUUUCUCUUUUGUAUUUUGUGAUUUAUUCCCCUAGUCCAUUGAAAUCUUGACUCAAUAUCUUGUCAAACGUGUAUUGUAUUG